GCGAAGAAGGAGAACAGAAUAUGGUGCAGGAUCAGGGGGAGACGACAGCCCUGCCGGAGGCACUGCUGAAGAUUGCCAAGCGGGAGCUGCGCGAGGAUCGAUGCACGCGGGAGCAGUCGCUGGAGCAGCUGCGCAACUGGGUGGCCAAGAACGAGGAUCUGCAGAAUGUGCGAUGCGACGAUACCUUCCUGCUGCGCUUCCUGCGCGCCAAGAAGUUCAGUGUGCCGAUGGCCGAGCAGACGCUGCUCAAGUACUUGAACAUCAGGAGGACGUUCCCGCACAUGAGCACCCAGCUGGACUAUCUGGAGCCGCGACUCGGCGACCUCAUCGAUCAGGGAUACAUAUUUGCGGUGCCACAGCGGGACAAGCACGGUCGCCGCGUGGUGGUCAUCAAUGCCAAGGGGUUAAAUCCGAAGAUCCACACCAGCUGCGACCAGGCCAAGGCGCAUUUCCUCACCUACGAGUGCCUGAUGGAGGAUCAGGAGACGCAGAUCACGGGGCUAUCGCAUGUGGGCGACUUCGCCGGCGUGACCACGGCGCAUGUGACCAACUGGAAUCCCACGGAGUUUGCCCGCAUCUUCAAGUGGGGUGAGCAAUCGCUGCCCAUGCGUCACAAGGAGAUCCACCUGAUCAAUGUGCCAUCCACACUCAAGUGGCUCAUUGAUUUCGUGAAGAACCGCGUCAGUUCCAAGAUGAAGAACCGCCUGAUCAUCUACGGCAGCGAGAAGGAGCUGAUGAAGAGCGUGGAUCAGGGCUGUCUGCCGCUGGAAAUGGGUGGCAAGGUGCCCAUGCGCGAGAUGAUCGAGCUGUGGAAGCAGGAGCUGGCGAGCAAGCGCGACCUGAUCCUCGGCCUGGACAAGAGCAUACUGCUCUCCGAUCGCGGCAUCCAGCGGCGCAGCAGCUUCAAUGCCGAAAAGGCCUCCACCGGCGGACCCAACUUCGUUUCACAAAUCGAGUCCAUCGAGGGCAGCUUUCGGAAACUGGAGUUCGACUAGCCGAUCGCUAGUUGUAGUUUAAGUUUAUAGUCCUUAGUCUUAGGCAACAUCCAAUCAAUUAACCCAAUGCGCAACGCUUCGCCGGUCCCCCGAUCCUGGCCAGCGCCCGAUCCUGGGGAUCCCUGAUUCGCUUAUCGGUGGCAACCGCUUUACUCAUCCUGCGCUUCUUUGUAUACUGUUUGUGUUUGGCGUACAAUAAACGAGAGGAAUAAUUUGGAA